UUUAUUUGUCAAUUGUCUAAUUUUAUUGUGUUGUCUUAUAAUUUUUGAAAUGGGUCAGAGUAAAAGUAAAAAGGCAGUUACACUGCUAGAAUUAGUUGUACAUCAUUUUAAAGAUUACCAGGCGCAGGCUGUGUUAUCAAGAGACACGGUGUACGUAGGAAAAUUAAAAAUAUUUUGCCAACUUGAGUGGCCAGCGUUCCAGACAGGCUGGCCACCUGAAGGGACGUUCACCCUCACCCAAAUUUACUCAACCCAAGAGAAAACAUUCAAUAACCAUCCAGACGAAAUCUCUUAUAUUAUAGCGUGGCGGUAUUUGGUAGAAGAACCAGCUUCAUGGUUAAAACCUCACCUACCUCCCGCUAAUCAAACUAUCUUCCUCCCAUUGAGGCAAGCUCUGCCGGAACCGGAGAAAAGAAAAAUGGAAGCAAAGCCUGUACUGCCUCCAUCAGAGGGGGAAACUGAUCCACCCCCUCCAUAUUCAAAUCAAGAUCAGAGGAAUAAUCAGGAGCAAGAGGUGCUCUUAAGUCCCCCCAAGACACGUUCUGGGUCAGUCUAUAACUUCCAAAAUGACCAUGAGCCAGCAUCCCAAUCGGAACCUGGCUCAUCGUCAUCAGGACUGUAUCCGUCUUUACCUAAAGAGAAACCUAAUGAGUCUCAUUGGCCCAUAACCCCUUCGGCACCAAUGUUGCCACUCAGAGAGAUGGCACCACUGGAAGGCAGGGGAACUCCAUAUAUGGUUUAUGCCCCAUUCUCGUCUUCAGACAUUUAUAAUUGGAAACAACAACACAAACGCUUUUUGGAAAGUUCACAAGACCUCAUUAGGUUUCUCGAAACUGUUUUUCUCACACCUCAGCCCACUUGGGUUGAUAUUCAGCAAUUGUUAAUGGCCCUCUUUACUGCGGAGGAAAGAGACCGUAUUUUAAGAGAAACCCAUAAGGAGGUGGCUGAGAGGACGGGAUGACAGCUGGAUGUCCAUCAGCUGGAGGAGCUCUGUCCUAAGGAACCACCAGACUGGAACCCGAACACGGCAGAAGAUCUUGUGCAGGCAAAAGUAUUGCCUCUGGUGAAGACUGCAGCACGGUGGACACCAAAUGGCCACAACUCAUUUCUAAAUCCAUAUUCCAUUUUUAAUGGAAGGCAUCAGCCCACUGUAACAACACACUGUCAUCUUCCAGAUGUACUUACUGCACACCCAGCCUGCACCGGCCAUUUCACAUAGGUGUAAGUGUCCUAAGUACACCUUGUCCAAAAACUACUCAAGAAAAUCCUCUUGGAAAACUAGAGGAGUUUCACCUCCAUAAGAAACAGAAGUUCAUUGCCAGGACAUCAUUCAGAGGCUGCAUCUGGACUUUUCUGCAGGUAUGGACUGUUUCUGGUUGCAGAGAAGAUGCCUCGCACCGUCACAUCAUGAUUUAUUCCGAGCCAUAUGCAUCAACUGCUUCCCACUGGUAAGGCCAUUGUUGCCAUGCCUCAUUUGCUACUAUGUGGGUCCUCAGAAGAGUGGAAAUUUGGUAUUUCUCCAGGACAAGAUUCUUCCUACUCUUCUGUAUCCCUCUCUACUGCCCGAUCCAGCCCCAUGAGCUAUGGAGCUAGAUAAAGUUUAGGAGUUAACUGAAGCCAGAGAAUUAAUUUAAGUCAUUCUUCAUGUGGAAUAAUGUUUACCCAUUGUGGUUACAAGAUGACUAAUUGCAAAAUUGGUUCCUUAAGGCUUCUAAAUCCUUUGGAGACAUUCACUGGGUGUUGUAAAUCAGUGCUCAGACUGGAAUUAACUUGUAUGUUUUUAGUAGCUAGAGUAAUUAACAACUGUAACAUAUUACUAUGGACUGUGACAAUUUCUCCAUCAGUUCAGAGCCUGGAAAAAACCAAGCAGGCUUUCUUCUUGCCUUCAGCUCUGGAGAGCCCAGGAACGCUCAGAGAGUUUGCUCUGGCUGGUUUUUGAGGGGGGACGAGAAGGGAGGCAAGGAGAUUCAAGCAGCUUCCUUCUAGAAAAGACACCCAGCUUAAUAUGCAGCCUCUGUGGAUUCUUAUCAGCAGUUUCCUGAGCUGACUCAUAUGUAACAUCUGACCAGUUAAUCAUGAUGUUCGUAAAUACUUCGAUCUAAAUUCAUUGGUUUAAUGUAUUUUGUAUCGCUCUGCUUUUCCCUCUACUAUUUAGUUAGUUAACCAGCUGGGCUUCAACUAUAGACUGAAAAAGAUUUUCACACGACUACAAGGCAAGCAAAACAUAUCUCUUAAUCAAGGGAGCCAGGCUGUGAAACCAAAAAUGUUAGAAGAGAGGAGCUGAAUUCAGAGUUAUUUUUAUCAUUUAAAAAAAAAAAAAAAGAGAGAAAUUCCAUUUCAGGCUCAUAGUCGUCUUCUGAAAAGAAGUUGAGACCAAGACAUACAAUUUUUUUUUUUUCGCUUGCUCAGUAGUUUGGGGAAUUAUUCUGUUUCAUCCCCAGAAACAUGCAUUAUUCUCUUUAUCACUCACGAGAUUGCGGCUGUCUUUAUCAGAAGGCUUUGCUGCACUAUAUGCAAGGAGUUACAAAUUUAACCUCAAGCUAAGUGUAGCGUAGAGGAUUUCAGUUGACUCGCCCUUGAAGUUUCUAUGGGUAAAUCUAAGUAACCUUGACAAUUUCCAACUAACAUCUGAAUCUGAAAACCUUAGCGUAUGCCUGUUGCAACUAUUUGGAGUCCUAACAAAUUUGUGAAGGGGUGAGGGCGAGUAGAAACCAACCAGUCUUACGCUGCUCACCAUACACCUGCUUUUCCAGGCAGGAAAACUUCAAAACCCCUGCAAAAACCCCUACAUGAGGAGUUUGGAUCCAGUCCCACUUCUUAUAGAAACAUAUAUUUGUUAAGUUUGGAAAAGACUUGUGAGACUAUCCACGCCAACCAUCAAACAACACCACUGUGCCUACUAGACCAUGUCCCAAAGUGCCACGUCUACAAACUUUUUGAAGCCCUCCAGGGAAGGAGACUCCCCCAUUGCCCUCGGUGGCCUGUUCCAAUGCUUCACCACUCUUGCAGUAAGGAAAUUUUUCCUAAUAUCCAAUCUUAACAUCCCCUGGUGCAAUUUGUGGAUGUUUCCUCUCCUCCUAUUGCUUGUUACUUGGGAGAAGAGACCAACACCCAUCUCACUACAACCUCCUUUCAGGGAGCUGCAAAGAGCAGUAUGGCCUCCCCUCAGCCUUCUCCAGGGAUCAAACUCUCCGAGUAUAAUGUUCAUAGUUUCCCACUGUGUACUAUCUCUCUUCUAUGUAACUAUAAUCUCUUUCCUUCUCCCAAAGUAUUUGUUUAAGUGCAACUCCCAAACAAAUCUAUCUCCAUUACAGCCCAGGAGCAGCAACGUGCUGUUUGUGUCAGAAACCAGUGGUGAUGAUGGACUGGAACAAGACGGUAGUGAUCUGCAGUUUUCCAGCACACAGCUCCAGAUAAGCUUAUUUCAUGCUCCAUUACCAAUUUUCCUUUGUUCCACUUCUCUAGAUCCCUCCAUAGUUUUCUUUCACUAAGCUUUUUCUCUGUUAAAUAGUAAAUAAUGCUUUAUUUUUCCUUUGAGCAUGGUGCCUGUGAUAAGGCUGCUGAACACAUGGGCAGUACAAAUAUUUGGCGAGUAAAAUCACUUCCCCUGUUUUCUGCUAUCAUUUACUCCUCUGUCCCCAGUGAAGGAUGUUCUGGGAGGUUUAGAGGAAGGAUGUACUGGAACGUCUUGGCUCUCCCGUCCAGGUAGCCCCAAAACGAUGAUCUUAAAUCAGGAGCCUUCUACUACCUUCAUUUAAAAUGACAAUAUAGAGACUAUACAGCAGGCAGGAAUUCAGCAUUGGCUUCGGUACUGUAACUCUUCAAAAGAAGAGAGAAGCAUUUAAAACUAAGUCACCUUUUGUGACAGAGGGUCACAGUGACAGCACAUAUGCACCUUUCCAAAGAUCAGGAAUAAAAAACCUAGUUUGACACACUAUCCAAAAUUGCAGGUGCCAGCAAUGGGGAGCCCUAAACACAUCUCCUUAUAGGACAGCAGAAACCACCACUUCGAAAAUACCUGGCAAAUCUGGGCAGUAAGAUGCUUCGAUAGGCUCAGUAGCUGGGGACACUAAAAGUAUCUGUGACUGCCGAGUAAUUAUUGCUGCCGCAAUAUGGUCACUGCGCUCGCAGGCUCUUACAGACAUUGCUGCAUCAGCUUGUGCUUCUCAAAUAUUCCUCCUGGCCACACCGUUUCUAAACUGGAAGCUGAGACGGAUGUGCACGAGCUGGCGGAGUGGGAGACGUGCCAGCACCCUGCCACGCUCCCAGGGAUGCUCCAGCCCCCCGCUACGCUCCCAGGGAUGCUCCAGCAACCCCGCCACGCUCCCAGGGAUGCGCCAGCCCAGCACCAGCCUUGGGCCUGUGCUGCCAGGAUCCCAGGCAGCAGGAAGGACAGAGGGAGCAAACAUGGAUUCAGAUUGCACUGCAGAUUAAUUCAGCCAUAGAACAAAGAUCUCCAAGUAACAUAGAAGCUAACAGUGCUUGUGCCUCAUAUGUUCAGCCAAUGUCUCAAAUAAGUUAUUUUUUUUUUUUUUUUUUUUGCUAUUAGGAGGAAAUUAGACUGGAUUAGAGUUUGCCAGUGAUGCUUUAGCAUGCAAGAGAGUGUCUGGGGAGAAAUUUUUUUGUUUGGUUUGGGUUUUUCUUCCUUUACUCUGUGCUCCUCACCAAGAAAUCUUUGCCAGCAGAUUCACAGAGCCUAGAUCACUCCAGUGACAGACCAGCAAUAUGGGCAGAUAUGUAUUUGAUACAAGUACCCACCACACCAAAGGCUGAGAAGGGAUUUUUGUUUGUAAUUAAAGAUGACAGACCUUUUCUACUCAGCCUACAUUUGCAGAAGAAAGGAGUUUGGGAGCAUUUUUUGCUUUACAUUACAGAAUUAUUUAAUUGGCAGAUAAACUGGAAAAAAAAAGGGGUGGGGAGGUUAUAGAAAGGUCGAAAACCAAUCCCAACAAAACAUUUAGGGACUCGCCUGUGUUCAGUUUACAGUUCUAGUCUUAUCUUCCUAGACAUUGUGCAUCCCUUCCCCUUAAGGGCUCCUGCCAAUCUGAGCUGUGCCACGGUGGCAGGGGACCAGAGCAGUGAGGGCUGGCAGCAGGCUGGCCGUGAUGGGGAACAUCUUCCAGGGUUCUGAGCUCCUCAGAAGGGCUGCUCUAAACCUGCCUGUCACCUGGAUUUACUCACCUCCUCAGGGCACAGCACAGCUUCUCCCAAGGGGCCAAAACCCACCUGAAAGUGGUAGUGAAACAGUUUUAAACUGAGCAGCAAGGAGCAGCCUGGAAUUCCCAGCAGGGAGCCUGAGACUUGGGAGCUCUCUGCCCUGAUCAUCUUGGUGGCAAGAAGUCAAAGCCAGAUUCAGGUUUCCUCAGCUGUAGAGCUGAGUAUUUUUUGUGCAUUCCUCACUGACGGAGAGUAUGUUUGUCCCCAUCCAUCACCAUCCUUCUGCGAGAUGUGACAUUCCUAGGGAGGUGCCUGGUAGCACCAGCAUGAGCAGCAUGUCACCACUCCGUGCAGGAGCUUUCUGGCACAUCAGUGCCGUCCUCCACAGAGGCUUCCCAACACAAACACCAGGCCAUCUGAUUUAUUUUUGUCUGAACACGGUCGGCUGUCACUAUCACUUCUACCCCUGCAGAUCUAUUAGCGCUUCUAAACAUAAUCAGCCUAUUGCAUCCUUAUCUCCAAUUAUUCUGCACUCAGUUUUGUCAACAUCUGGGUGUGAAGAAGGGGGGCUUUAUUUUGUCCUGGUUGCAACAAAACACAGAUUUACUGAUGCAGAUAUCAGCAACAUAAUCAGCAGCUUAAAACGAGCCAUUAAUAUCAGUAGAGCAACCGUGAGGAAGCUUGUUCCUGUAGAAAAGUCAGAUGCACUUCUUUCCUGAGGGUUUUAUAAUCCUUUAUGAGACCUUGAGCCUGCAGUCAGCUCUCCACAGACUGAUUCCAGUGCUGCCAGGGUCUAAGCUAAAGUGGGAGGUUCCCAAGCUGGUGUAGUAUAUUUAUAACAGAGAUAAAAUCCUGUGCCACCACAUGGCAAAGCAGCAACGGUGCUACGUGCGGUGGUGGUGGUUGUUUCCUUAGUUCUCCUCAUAUGAUUGGAAAUCAGUUGUGUUGAUUUAGGCAGAGAAAUGGGAAAGUGCUUCAGUGAAAGUUUUGAGGCAGCACAGGAGGAGAGAUCAUCACCACAAGCCACUAAACUGCAGCCUCUUCUCAGGGCUUCCCCAGACGAGCCAUGUCCCAGGCACAGCACCACCUCACUGGUGGGCGAUGCUGGAUUGCACCCAGGAACUCUCCUGUGCAGGUGCCAGAAGCAAUUCCUUGGUGUUCACACAACAUCAGACCCAGAAAACAAGCCUGGUGGGUCCAAACCAGCUCAGACAAUUCGACGUGGGUUCAGCAGGACCAACAACAAACCUGAGAGGCAGGAUGAAAGAAGUCCUCCUUGCUUUCCCCAGCACAGGUCACCUACAACCUCCCAGCUCUUCCAAACCGCAGGAAUGGAAUUGCCAGGCAAAUCUUCACAUACGUUUAGAGCCGUAUGUCCAGAGGACCAAGAAGAGCAGGAAGCCUCCAUGAAACAUGCUUCCCUGACCAGAGUGCUUCUCCAGAGCGCACCCUGGGUUGCACAGGUACAGCUGUGCUUGCUGAGGCUGCAGGGCUGGGUCACGGUGCAGGUGGACUGUGUUUGGGCACAGGUGGCACAGGAAAAGAAACAGGACAGCACCAGCAGUGCUUUCCCAUGUACUCACCCAGAUCUUGCUUCUAAGUUCCCUCUCCAGCCUCCCCUUGAGCCUAAACGAACUUUCUAUGGCAUCCUUUGGCACAGAGUGGCACAGAUGCCUCCCUGAUCCUUGAUGAACCAUUCCCAGCACCCUUCCUUUCCCCUUCCCUCUUUUCCCUUAAAAAGCUCCUGCCCAGGCAUUCUCAGAGAGGUAUUAAUUUGCAGGUUAAUGAGGAUCCUUGUCACCCUCCUGUGACCACACAGCUGCUCCCAAGGCGAGGUGUUCAUCAGUCUUUUCUGCCACCAUUUGCCAUUAGCAGAGCUGCCUCCUUCCCGAGCCCGUGGUCGGCAGUGGAUGUGCCACAGUGCCGUGUCUCCAAAUCCCGCAGGCAGCAACGAAAACCCAGCCCGCUGCCACAAGGACUAUGAAGCCAUUUUAGUAAGACGAAUGGUCUUGCUGGGGAUUCAGCCUGUUCCUUCUAGGAGUGCCUACUUCAUAAUCUUAUCAGGGAAAAAGUUAAUAAAUAACUUUAAUGAUGGCUCACAGAGAUUCUUUCCACUUAAACAUCACCCCUCAAAAAAACCCCAUGCAUGAAAAGACAUUAAUCCCAGCAUGAGAGCGUGCCAGCUCAGUUCAGAUACAUCAGUCUGCCUUUGUACCCCAUAGACCUGUUAAUCUGAGUCCAAGACAGCUG